AUGUCUAGCCUUGAGGCCGACGAAAUUAUGUUCGCCUACAUAGCGGUGGCCCCUCACACUGUGAGCUUGGUGUUAAUACGAGUUGACAAUGGCGUGCAACGGCUGGUUUACUAUGUAAGUAAAUCGUUACAUGAGGCCGAGGUGUGUUACUUACCAUUAGAGAAGGCAUUUCUUUCAGUGGUGCAUGCUACACGGAAACUCCCCCACUACUUCCAGGCACACACGGUCGUUAUCCUGACUCAACUUCCCCUUAGGUUGGUGCUCCGGGGCGCCGAUUACACAAGAAGAAUUGCCAUGUGGAGCACGCUCCUAGGGACUUUCGAUAUUAAAUACAUGCCUCAGACCUCUAUCAAGGGCCAAGUUCUCACUGAUUUAAUAGCCGAAUUUACUGAACCCCCAAUAGAAGCAGUAAUAGAGGAGGAAAACAUAGAUGGAAAAUCGGUUAGCACAAUCUCUACACAAAGAGCCUCAUGGUGGAAAGUCUAUGUUGAUGGUACGGCAAACCAAAGUGGAUCCGAGGUAGGGCUAGUUCUAAUAUCCCCCCAGAUGAUUACCAUCGAAAAGUCAUUGAGACUAGGGUUCUCGGCUACAAACAACGAAGCCGAGUAUGAGGCUUUAUUAAAAGGUAUGGUCAUGGUGCAGAAAAUGGGGGGAAAGGCCUUAGAGUUGUUCUCGGAUUCCAGAUUGGUUAUAGGCCAGGUGAAGGGCGAGUUGGAAGCUAGGGACAUAAGAAUACAGGAAUACCUUGGACAAGUCAAGUGCUUGCAGUCUGACUUUGAAUUUUUCAACUUGACGCACGUCUCUAGAAGUGAGAACACACAUACGGAUUCAGCCACUCUUACCACGUCCUCAGAGCAAGGUCUACUCCGAAUCAUCCUCGUCGAGGAUUUGUGUAAGGCAGGUGCAAUCAAAAAGGACAUGGUUCAAAUCCAUCAAGUCAGAAUGAGUCCGAGCUGGAUGAAUCCCCUAGUAAGCUUUCUCAAGGAUGAUGUAUUGCCCAAAGAAAAAUUGGAAGCCGAGAAGAUACGAAGAAAAGCUCAUCGGUUCUGGUUGUCAGGGGAUCAUAAGCUGUACAAGCACUCCUAUUCAGGGCCAUAUCUAUUAUGCGUGCAUCCAGAAGCAUUAGAGAUGUUACUCGAAGAAUUGCAUAAGGGAAUUUGUGAUAGUCACAUAGGAGGAAGGUCUCUGGCACACAAAGCCCUCACUCAAGAGUACUAG